CUCUAUGGUCCAAGAUUUCUUGUUUUUCACCACAAAAUCUACCAUCAUUAAAAUGAUUAAUGGGAUUGGAUGCUCUAAGGUAAAAGCUGAUCUCCUUCCAAAUCCCGACUAGAUUUCACACCUAUUUAAAGUCCAACGUCUAUGAGUGUAGAUCUCUCAUCCUUUUUGGCUUUAAGGAAAGUCAAGAGCAGACCAAACACUUGAUGAAAGGUACUCUAAAAGUCCUUUUCUCCAGGGACCACUAGGCAUGCUGACCAUCUUUGCCAGAACAUAUCAUUAUAGAGAACCCCUUUAAUCCUAAACCUUCAAGUAGAGUACUCAUAGAAAUCCAUGUUCAUCUGCAUUGUUUGGGAAACUGAAGUCUGGGUUAGUCGUGUUAGGUUUGUUAAGAAUUCACAAUAUGAGCUGGUUUUUCAUCUCGAUUUUCUCUGUCUUUCUUUUCUGCUCAUGUAGCAACUCUAGCACUACUGACCCUUUAGAUGUGUUUGCUAGAGAUGUGGCCCUGAAAACUCUUGCGCAGCACCGGCCUCACACGGGUGCUGUAUACAAGGUUCUCCUCCCGGCUAACCUAUCCGGCAUGGAAGUGUUCGUUGAAGGGAUUCGAAGCAGGAGGCUGUGGAACAGAGGUGCUGAAAAGCUCGGCUGUUUUCAUAUCCCAUCAAGAACCAAGCCAAUGCCUCAUGUGAAGAGACUGGCUUUGGUGUAUCAAGACUUGGGGAAUCUGUCAUCUCAGUUCUACCGUCUUCCAGGUUACUCAUUUCUCACCUCUGUUGUUGGUUUUCUCGUUUAUGAUGCAACACAUACAAGUUUGAAAAGUGCCAAAAUGGUUGGUCUAAACACAAUGGGGAAGUCGAUAUUGAUUCAGUUCCCAAAUCUGACAUCGGAAGAACGGUUGAACUCCAAUGCAAAAUGCGCGUCAUUUGCUGCCAGUGGGACGGUUUACCUCAGUGACAUGAUAUAUCCUGGUAUAUGUAACACCACGGGUCAUGGUCAUUUUUCAAUUGUUGUUCCAGUGAAGAAAAAACCACUGAUCCUGCGGUAUUCAUGGGUAGUUGCGAUUGUCCUUGGAGUUCUUGCAGCUAUUUUGGGGUGUUAUCUUGGGAUGGUGUGUAUGAGACAUCGGAAGAGGAAGAAGUUUCAAGAUAUGGAAGAACAGGCUGACGACGAUUCAGUUCUUGAAAAUAGGUGGGUUCGUGGUAGCAAAAUGCCUUCUGGUGGAGUUACAAGAACUCAGCCAGUUUCUGAGAAUGGUUUCCAACACCUAGCUUCACCUGAUCACUUCAUCUGAAGAUAGAAUUAAAGCCAAUUCCGAGGUAGAUGGCAUGUAACCAGAGGUGUACUAAAUAAAAAAGUGUGUUUUUGGUGGUUUGCAUUAGACCAAAACCAGAAAAAUAAUUUUGUAAAACUAACAGAAUGCGAUGUAUUAAACUCUUCAUAAGAGAUCAUAACCAGCGUCAGUUUGAGAAUCAAGGAUAAACUGUUCAAUUAACUUUCGAUAUUAACAAAAGUAAUAGUUCUUAAUCAAAUUACAGCGUUUUAUAAACUUUAUUAACUUCAGCAUUGUGUAUGUAGAAUAAACUUUCAAAAUCUCUAAAGCUGGCAGCAGACUGAAAGCUCAGAUUACUCUUGAACCAAGCACUUAAUUCUGAAUUCAUAGAUGACGUUCAGAUUGAAUGUUCAAAUGAAAAUGAAAAUCCGAAACAAGGCUCCUCAGAGUCUAGCACAUGCUAGUCUACAGUAUAACAUAACAUCAACAGAGUUAUCAAACAAGCAUUGACAGAGCAAUUAUUUCCGGAUUCUAAUUUCUAAACACAACUCAUAACAUAACGAAAAAGUAAACGGGAAAGAGUUAAUCAGAUGACAUGGAGAAAGAGCCUAAUCUCUUACCUACAGCAAUGGCAAACUCAAGUAUCUACCAGUCAAUCAGUCAUGAGUUCAAGCAGCAUAAUCUGACAUGUGUAAGAAAGAGAAGCAAGUUUUAUUUAGCUGCCCUCUCAUUGUAGAGUAUCCAUUUUCAUUUUCAAAUAGGAAGUGAGAUGGGAACCACUCUGCCAAAAACGACUACUUAACAUAGCUAUAUCUGCCAUUUACCAAUAGGCCUGUUAAUCCAAUCUAAAUUUGUUUUGAGUGAAAAUACAUGUAU